UUCAAUACAGGGCAGGAUACUUCCUAUAAAGAAACAAAAAAGGAUCAGUCUGGAAAAAGUCCUGCGGAAGUGGAAUCCGAAAGUAAAAAAUGUAUAGAGAGUAAUUCAUUGUGUGCUGAGGAGCAGCUCUGGAAGGCUGAGGGUUUCUGUCCAGAUGUACUGAGGGAAUAUGUAGGUGUCCUUAAUAAGAGUUUAGAAAGAGACUGUGCAAACAAAGAGGUGGCAUCUGUAACAGGACAUGAACCUAGAGACAUAUUUGGCAAAACUCCACCACCAGAACAAGAAGACAGUGGCUUUAUAUGCCCUGACUGCGGCAAGACAUUCCAGUCACAAUCACUACUUACUGCUCAUCAAAAGAUUCAUGCUCUGGGGCGCAGUUUUACCUGCUUUGAGUGUGGCAAACGUUUUAAACACAGGUCUACUCUUCAGCGCCAUCAGAACUUUUACUGCAGCCCUCAACCAGCAAAUGGCUCAACUAAUGCAAGCAAAAAGCAGCUCUCUCUCUUACACAAAUGUGGUGUCUGCCAUAAAAAUUUCACAAGUUCUAAUGAGCUAAGGCAGCACCUGGCAGGCCACACAGGGGAGCAGCGAUAUAAGUGCAGGGACUGCGGCCGUACGUUCAGCUGCAACUACUUCCUUGUGCGCCACCAGAGGUCGCACACCGGGGAGCGUCCCUUCGUGUGUCCCCAGUGCAACAAGAGCUUUUCGUGCAGCUCCGUCCUUUACCGGCACCAGAGGACUCACAGCGGGGAGCAGCCAUUUAAAUGUGAGGUUUGCACUAAGGGCUUCUCUCAGAAGACCAGUCUGAUCAUCCAUCUGAGGACUCACACGGGAGAGCGUCCGUUCUCCUGCCAGCUCUGUGACCGCAGCUUCUGCUCCAGCUCAGCUUUAGUCCGACAUGAGAGAAGUCACAGAAACUAUAACCAAGAGACAGAGCUUGGUACAGUGACGGUCCCAUAGAUGUCUAAUUCUCUGGGCAUUCACUGGGAGCAUUUUAAAGGAACAAGGAAUCCAAACAUUUUAUUUUAUAGCUCAGAGUGUAAAAUCAUUUAAAAAAAACAAACAUUCCAAUUUAAUUUAUUACUCAUACUUUACUCUCUUGGUAUUGUUUGUUUGAAAGCAGGUAGGUAGGUUAAGAAGUGUGCACGUACCUGUAGCACGAUAUAGCAGCAGUGUUUUCAUGCUGUACAGUGCUCUGCACACCACCUACCUACGUAUCCUCUUCAAACAAAGAAUACCAUGAGCUCAAAAACCCACAAUUUCAUAAUAAAAGUAAAUUGGAAACAUGUUAAAAA